AUGGUGUUGCUGCUGCGGGCACCAGUUCCGGAUCCUGUCACCACUCGUGCUCCCGAAGCUGCACCAGCUCCUGUGCUGUGGGAUCCGCGACACCCCUUCACAGCAGCGACCGCCGGACUCGCGAUGGCGUCUUCGUCGUCGUCUACAGCCGAUGGUUCGGGCUCACCGCCGGUGGCCAUCGUCUGCGUCGGCAUGGCUGGCUCGGGCAAGACGACGUUCAUGCAGCGCAUCAACGCUCACCUCCACGAGAAGAAGAACCCACCCUACGUCAUGAACCUCGACCCCGCCGUGCUCACGGUCCCGUUCGAGUCUAACAUCGACAUCCGCGACUCGGUCAACUACGAGGAGGUGAUGAAGCAGUACAACCUCGGUCCCAACGGAGGCAUCCUCACCUCCCUAAAUCUCUUCGCCACCAAGGUCGACCAGGUCGUUGACCUGCUCGAGAAGCGAGCCAAACCAGAUGCCGACAAACCUGAGCGAGUACCGAUCGACAGAAUCCUCGUCGACACGCCCGGCCAGAUCGAGGUCUUUGUCUGGUCAGCUUCGGGCACGAUACUGCUCGAGUCGCUCGCGUCCUCGUUCCCGACCGUCAUCGCCUACAUCAUCGACACGCCGCGAACGGCGUCGACGUCGACGUUCAUGUCCAACAUGCUCUACGCCUGUUCCAUCCUCUACAAGACCAAGCUGCCGAUGAUACUCGUCUUCAACAAGACGGACGUCAAGGACGCCGCCUUUGCCAAGGAGUGGAUGACCGACUUCGAGGCCUUCCAGGCGGCUCUGCAGCGCGACGAGGAGUCGGAUGCGUUUGGCGGCGUCGAGGGCGGCGGCCAUGGCGGCAACGGGUACAUGGGCAGCCUUCUCAACUCCAUGAGCCUCAUGCUCGAGGAGUUUUACUCUCACCUUAGCAUGGUUGGCGUGAGUUCGCGCCUGGGCACCGGCGUCGACGACUUCUUCGCCGCCGUCGAGGAGAAGAAGGCCGAGUUCAUGCGCGACUACUACCCGGAGCUGCAGCGGAGGAGGGCGGAGCGCGAGGAGCAGCGGAAGGUGACGCGCGAGAAGCAGCUCGACAAGAUGAUGGAGGGCAUGGCCGUCGGGAAGCAGUCAUCGCAGCCAUCGCGGACCAAGGCCAAGGACAAUGAUGACGAUGUCGAGGUUGCGAGCGACGACGACUCGGACGACGACGACUCGGACGAGGAGCGGAUCAAGGAGGGAUUGCAGGAGCGGUACAACGCGGCGAUGGGGGAAAACGACGAUUCCGUCAUGAAGGACGCUAGCUUCGCCAAGUUCCUGCACUCGCAGCGAAAGUGA